UGAACGAAACAAAUUUUGCAAGUUUAGGUGGCUUUUAUUAUUUUUAUUCCAACGUUUUAUUUUACGCUUUGUUUUUAUUUCAUAAGCUAGCACUUUUGAAUUCAUCUUUGACAAAAAAAUAUGAGUAAAGAAAAAUACAGAACAUUAUUUCACAUUUAUAAUUUACAUUUAGGCACAUGAAUUUUCGCGUAUUUCAACUAUUUAUUACACAACUACCUACCUGAUGAGAAUAAUCAGUUCUGAAUUUUAAUUUAUCGAACUCGAAUUGGGCAGCACAUAAAUGGAGUUUUCAAAAUAUACAGAAAAAAGAGCUCACAAUCAACAAAUUUUACGAUUAAAAACCAGCGCAGAGAUCAUAAACGAAGCAAAAGCAGCCAUAUCUUUGAACUCCAUCAUGAAUACAAAAAUUGUGAAAACUAACCGUCCAUUCACACCAAAAGAUAGUCAAAGAAUUCUUUUCGAACAAAGGAAGAAAGAAAGACCAUCCAGCUCUGUAAGUUUUCAGAAUGUAAAAUUUCAAGAAAUUGACUUAUUUAAUAAGCAUGAAAAAAGUAAUAAGAUUUCACCACGUAAUGCAAAGACGAAGUUACCAACUUUAGUUAACCAUAAAUCAAUGAUAUCGCUUGAAAAACUACCAGAAGAAUUUUUGGAAAUCAUUCCAGAGCAGCGAGAAAUUUAUAGCAGUCCUGCUCCGGGAACAAAGUCAAAAUUUGGAAAUAAAACCGACCAAGUUUGGUUUCCUCAUGUUACCUCAACAAGCGCAAAAAGUACAAAUAGAAUAAUUCCUAAUUCCUUGGAUAGAGCUCCGAUUAAAUUCAAAUUGACAAAUGCUUGGAUUGAUGAUGAAAAAACUAUACAAGAAAAUAAAAUUAACGAAGCUCGCGCAGUUUUACAACUUCAGUCGAAGGAUACAGUUCAAAGCAUACUUUCUGCCAUGAAUAAAAAUAUGAAAAAAUAUAAAGACGAAGAAAUGAUCAUGCAACUGAAAAAAUUAUACGACUGCUUAGAAAGAGAGCAUAUUUCACAAAAUCAAGAUUCAAGUUUGACUAAGAAUCUCAUCUUGAAAACGGUUUUCAGUUUGAUCGAUUCUCCAAAUGAAAUUUUACUUCUGCAGAUUGCCAAAAUAAUCUUAUUCCUACAAGUCACUGGUGUUAAUUUAGCAACAGUUUGUAAAUUGGUUUUCAAAAUUUCACGAUCAGAUAAAAAUGAUGAACUUUUUUUGGAAAAAAAUAUCAUAGGCCCAUUUGUAAAUUGUCUCGGCCUAGCAACGCCGGAUGAAGAUUCAGAAGCACUUAUUUACGGUUACGGUGCUCUUAAAUUCCUCAUGAUGAAUUCAAACAUUCUUUAUCACGCUCUUGAAAAUGGCAUUUUACCACUCAUGACGUUGCAUUUAAAAAUGAUCAAUUUAGCAAAGACUGAAGGAUCUAAUUUCCCUGAACAAACGAGUCACGUUUUGUUUCAAUUGACUGGAUGUCUUCGGAAUGUCGCAAACGAUGAAACCACCUACGAAAAAUUUGUCACUAGUGGGACUUUAAGCGCCCUUUGUAAAACAACCAAGUUAUUCAUUUCAGAUAUUGAUUUAGUUGUGAAUGUUGCCAGAAUCAUGAGUAUUUUAUCGACGAACGACGAAUGCUGCGGUAUAAUUGCUGACGAUGAAUAUUCUUUGCAUUCAUUGCUAAGAAUUUGUAAGAUGUACACAAAUCGAGAAGAUAUAAUUGUGCGCAUUACAUACGCUCUUGGCAAUGUGUUGGCUACUUGUGAUCAUGCUAGGAUUAAGCUUUACUCCAGCGUAGAAAAUUCUUUGGAUACGAUACUUCAUUUGCUGAAAUACUACUUGGAAACGGAUUUGAAGCUUUCCCUUGAAAAAAACUUCAAUAAGUCUCAAGUGAUGUCAACUGAAGAUGUUUUCAUUAAGGUAAUUAGAGUAAUAGCCAACAUGUGCAUCGACGAGCAAGUUGGAAUCAGUUUAGUUUCCCUUGAAGAAACACAUGAGAAAAUCAAAGAAUUCUUGGAUUGUUUGUUAAUAAUUUUGAGAAGAAAAACCAUUCACGAAAAUGAAGAAUUGAUUAUUUCAGCUUUAAGCACUUUAAACAAUUUGUCGUACUAUUCAUUUCCAGAAUUUAAAGGCCCUUUCCAUGACCGUAGCUUGGAUAUUUCCGAAGUGCUGAAUUCAUUGCUCGCUGUAAGACACGAAGAAUGUGUGUUGGAAGUUGGUCGUGUUUAUAGUAAUUUGAGUAGAUCCUCUGUUGUGAGGAAAUAUUUACUAGAAACAGGAGGUUUGAAUUACGUGGUUGAUUGGUUAGAUAGCUCAAAUAAAGAUUUGCUGUUGGUAACCACUGGCGUAUUAAUUAAUAUGAUGGUAGAAAAAGAAGCCAGACAAUUUUUAAAAUAUACAAAUGGAAUUGAAAAAUUGAUUAAAAACUUGAAUGUGUACGCAGAAGAAGAUUGGCACCUGGGAAAUUUGAUAUGCCAAGUUAUUUGGAACUUUACAAUUGAAGACGAUGAUUUAUUCACCGAACUCGGAUAUCAACAUGCUCAAAAUUUACUAAAUGUUUUAAUAGAUUUGCUCGAUGAAGAUAAAUUCUUUGCUCACUAUUCGGAUGCUUUGAAAUCAAUGGAAUAUAAACAAUGGGAAGAUUUUUCAGUGGUUGCAACAAAUAUACUGGAAAAAAUGGAAGCUCGGAAUUCUUCAGAAUAAUCAAAAGUUCAAAACUUGAAAUCAAAAAUAUUAUAAUAUUGUAUUUAUUUUAUUAAAUUACACAUUUUUUUCAAA